AUCACUCGCGUAAAUUUUAGCAAAGAAAAAGAGAAAUCUGUCAGCUAGCUGCCCGGCCAUCCAAACCAGACCGUGGUCUAGCCAAGAACGAUCAUCUGAGGGACCAGCGGCUUGAUUUAUCGCAGCCGAUAGUAACCAAUAAUCACGCUCCGACCGGGCAGGCCAUGUUUCAUCUUCCAGACAUGGUUCCUGUCUCCUUAGAAAUCAAGGAUACAGAGGUACAACUCUAUAGAACAGAUCCUGUUCAAGUAAGGUCGUGUACCCUACUCCUUGCUAACAGCUUAUGUACGUGUCACUGUUUCAUAUAUAUCCGAUGUGGGAUAGUUUAGUGUUGGUUUUUAGUUUUAGUUUAAAACUAACCUGUUAUAUGGGCCGGGUGCAGGAGAAACCGGGUCGGAUAGACCCACUGACCCUGACUAUUUCCGUCUUCUUUUUCUUUACCUUUGUUCGCAGUUCGCACAUUUAUUUCUUGAACGCUAAGACAACUUUCUCUACGCAUAUUUGCCCAAUCUCUAAUCCCCAAACCCUAAUUUCGCCUUCUAAUAAUGGGUCAAGGCACUCCCGGCGGCCUCAAUCGGCAGCUCCCCGGCGACCGCAAGAACGAAGGCGACAAGAAGGAAAAGAAAUUCGAACCGGCGGCGCCGCCGGCUCGCGUCGGACGCAAGCAGCGCAAGCAGAAGGGCCCGGAGGCGGCUGCACGGAUUCCGGCGGUGACGCCGCUGACGAAGUGCAAGCUGCGGCUCCUGAAGCUGGAGAGAAUCAAGGACUAUCUGCUGAUGGAGGAGGAAUUCGUGGCCAAUCAGGAGCGGCUAAAGCCACAGGAGGAGAAGACGGAGGAGGAUCGGUCCAAGGUUGACGACCUGCGGGGCACGCCAAUGAGCGUCGGGAAUUUGGAGGAGCUGAUUGAUGAGAACCACGCCAUCGUCUCCUCGUCGGUCGGGCCGGAGUAUUAUGUUGGGAUAUUGUCGUUCGUCGAUAAGGAUCAGCUGGAGCCGGGAUGCGCGAUUCUGAUGCACAAUAAGGUUCUUUCAGUUGUUGGACUGCUUCAAGAUGAUGUCGACCCCAUGGUAUCAGUGAUGAAGGUUGAGAAGGCUCCUUUGGAGUCAUAUGCUGAUAUUGGUGGACUUGAUGCCCAGAUCCAGGAGAUCAAAGAGGCAGUUGAGCUUCCAUUAACGCACCCUGAAUUAUAUGAAGAUAUUGGUAUUAAACCUCCCAAGGGUGUUAUACUCUAUGGAGAGCCUGGAACUGGAAAAACAUUACUUGCAAAGGCUGUGGCAAAUUCUACUUCUGCAACUUUCUUGCGUGUUGUUGGAAGUGAAUUAAUUCAAAAGUACCUGGGAGAUGGCCCUAAGUUGGUGAGAGAACUCUUUAGAGUUGCUGAUGACCUCUCACCGUCAAUUGUCUUCAUUGAUGAAAUUGAUGCUGUUGGUACAAAAAGGUAUGAUGCCCACUCAGGUGGUGAACGUGAAAUUCAGAGGACAAUGUUGGAAUUGCUGAAUCAGUUAGAUGGUUUUGAUUCAAGAGGUGAUGUGAAAGUGAUUCUUGCGACGAAUAAAAUUGAAAGUCUUGAUCCUGCGUUACUUAGGCCAGGUAGAAUAGAUAGAAAGAUUGAAUUCCCUCUACCAGAUAUCAAGACAAGAAGGCGGAUUUUCCAGAUUCACACAUCAAGGAUGACAUUAGCUGAUGAUGUGAACCUAGAAGAGUUUGUUAUGACAAAAGAUGAGUUUUCUGGAGCUGAUAUCAAGGCCAUAUGCACAGAAGCUGGUUUGCUUGCUUUGAGAGAGCGUCGCAUGAAGGUGACACAUGCAGAUUUUAAGAAGGCGAAGGACAAGGUCAUGUUCAAGAAGAAAGAGGGUGUUCCCGAGGGGUUGUAUAUGUGAUGAGUAUCAAGUUGAAUUGGGGAGUAGAUGAAUUUGCAAGUUUAUCUUUGAUUCUUGUUUUUUAAAAGCUUUUGGAAACUAGUUAUGACGGUGAACGGUAGCAAUCCAAUGUCAUCCAUUAUUUAGCAAAGAGCUGAUUUGCUUUCACGAGUCUGAUUAUCAAGAGCUGCGCUCGUUUUGUCUCUA